CAAAACGGACUUCAAAUCCCAGAAUGACCUGCGACCACGUUUGUUAUCAAACAUGCUAAAAUGUUGUUGUUAGCUAGUCGUUAGCCAGCAGCUGUCCAAAUAAACUUCCAUCGUUGUUAUUUUAUCUUAAUUAGCUAGGAAACAAUUACAUGAGCCUACUCUUACCUACCAUGAAAAACGUUAGCUUCCCUACAGCAAUGCUGAAACUAAGUACCAUUAGCUAAACUAUCAACAAUGCUACCAUUUUGAACUAGCUACAAUGCAGUUGUGUAACGUUUGGAUUUUAGUGUCUGCCAGUGUCAUUGAGAAUCACAGCUUGCCUGAAUUGGACCAUCCUCUGCUGUUUGACUGUUGCUUCAGUUAGUGCGGUGGCUGCCACAGAAUGCUGUCUACUGUGAGGACAUUGUUGGCUAGAAUAACCAGUAGUGUGAGUUCAAGGUCUGUGAUUGGUUUGACACGACCUCUCUGCAGCCAUCGGACCUAUUCAACGGACCCUGCUGCUGUCAGGGUGCUAUAUGAUGGAGAAUGCCCCAUAUGUGUUAAAGAGAUCCAAUUCCUGCAGUUUCUGCAGAGAAACCGACCAGGGAAAGUAGACUUUGUGGACAUCUCCCUGCAAUGCUUCAAUGAAGAGAAGUAUGGGGGAAUCAGCUAUGAGAUGGCCAUGGACGAGAUGCACGUGAUUGAUGAGAAUAACAAGGUUCACCGUGGAGUUCCAGCCUUUACAGUCAUGUACAGUGCAGUUGGUUUAGGCUGGCUGGGCCGCUUCAUGUCAUGGCCUCUCGUUAGACCAGUCAUGGACAAAGCCUAUGCAAUCUUUGCUAAAAACCGCCUGAAAUGGACCGGACGGGAAGACUGUACUACAGGACGCUGUGUGAAGAAAGAACCUUGACCAGGGAGGUUAAAAACUACAAUUUUAAAAACAAACCCGUAAACAGAGGCGACAGCACCUCAUUAUAGGUGUGGCACCUCUUUACAGUCAAUAUAAACUAUAUUUCCUCUUUAUAUCAGGUGCACUUGGGCACUGAGUUCCACCACUGACUGAAACUUAGUAAUAGAGCUUGCACUCCUUUUGCUGGAACACAUGCAGGAAAUGUACACUAUAUAAAUGCCCUUCUAGCCUCAUCUCUUUAUGCCAUGCAGACAUUCUUUCCAUUUGAAAUCUGCAGGCGUAACUACUUAAAGCUACCACUAGAUGGCAUCCUUAUCUGAGACGAGGCUAUUGAAUAGGUCCCAGUACAUUUAAAUGUGUUGUUUGCAAGUCACCCAUGAAUAAAUCAUUUGCUAUGAUCAUCAA